CCCUGUCGCAGUGCAUCAAUAACCUGAGGAUCCACUGCCCGCAUCUUUGUUGCACUACUGUCCUUCACCAACUUGUGAGCAAAUGUUUUGCUGAAAAGUCAAGUCACAGAUCAUACUUGGGAGAUUGACUAUCGAUACUUCACCCUCCUUAAAGAUCAAUGAAGAUAGACAAGUUGGAAAGUUAAUCACUAGAUGCGAGUCUAAAUCUAACUGCGACUUUAUCACGACGUCGGUAUUGGGAGGAGAAGGGGAGAAUAGGGGAUUAUAGUGUGAGAGGCCGGAUACCGACGCGUAUAUACGCAAUGAUUGCGAGAAGCAUCUACCAUAUGCCGCAUUCAUUGAGAAGUCUCACACCCGACCCGACUCCAAAGUUUUCACCACCUACACAGUCUCUAGAUUUAAAGUCUAUCAAACGACGGGCAAUGGGUUCUAGGCCAUUGAGCCUACACAUCCCCGCUGGGAGUUUCCCACCAGCUCGCCCUACGCUUGAUGAAGUUCUGUCCAAUACUGCUCCUUACCCUUACACACUUUCAGCGUUUAUGGCAUAUCUUUCUCAAAAUCAUUGUUUGGAGACGUUAGAGUUUACCAUGGAAGCAAAGCGAUAUAGAGAUUCAUACCGAUCCGUUGCUCGCAUGCUUGGCCAGAGCAUGGUUCCCGCUGACGCACCCCAGACGCAACAACUGAUCACGCUAUGGCGGCGGUUAAUAUCUGCUUAUAUUGCUCCAGGUGCACCCCGUGAGAUCAAUCUAUCAUCUGCAGCGCGGGAUCCUUUACUCGCGAACGCUAAUCCCAUGAUGGCUCCGCCACCGGAGCUAUUAGAUCCUGCCGUACGGAUUAUGCAUGAUCUGAUGGAGGAAUCGAUAUUCAUUCACUUCGUGAACAGCCAGACUUUCGGACCGCAGAUUCCUUCUAAAAUGGAAUCUCCAUACAUUGAAGAUCGCCCACACCGACUUCGACGGGCUGCAUCCCGUUCCCAAAGGUCCUCCCCAGGUGUAUCCAGAGACGAUUCUACAUAUCACCACCGCAUGUCAUCAUCCGCUCGGGUUGCUGCGUUGGUCAAGACUGGCAGCCAUUUAUCAGGCUACAGCUCCAGCGGGGACUCCGGAUCUCCUGUAUUUACAGAUGAUUCUCUGUCGUCUAGCCCAACUGGAAUUGAUCCAAUGACCCCACCCACGACACCUCCCGGGAGUGCGCAUAACUAUAGUCCGAGGAAUCGGUCUGACACCACAUGGAAAAAGAUGGGAGCAAAACUGGGUUUUAAGAAGCGGCCAGGCAGCUCAAGUCGUGAUGGCAGAUGGGAGGAAUGAAUCUCUGCGUGUCGGAUGUGGUCCAAUGCAAAGACCUUCAAAAUGACGGAGAAGACAACCAGAUCAUGACAGAAUUCAGGCACGAGCUUGACAUACUUCUUUCGGACAUGGGGAUCCGAAAUGAACAUGACGAAUUGACGAAUUGGUAAUAUUAUUGCAUUUUUUAUGAAUUUCGAUUGGAUUUUUGCAGUUGGGCUGAGAUGAAGCCCUUCCCCAUCAUAGCGUUGAUUCUAGGCGGUUCAAGUCACACUAUGUGCUGCAUUGAGGGUGGAUGACUGUCUGCAUUUGCAAGGUGCGCGACUUUAAGAUCUUGUCGGAUUUAUCCAUUUUUUAUUGUUUUUGACGGAGGCACUUUGAUUCAAAAUCAGCGUAUACGAUAUGACAUGGCGAAGCGUGUUGGAUUUUCGUUUUUCUUUUUUUUGGGUUUGGGUCUUGAAAAUUAUCGGCGUUUAUGAUUAGAAAGGUCUCAGCAUCAUCAUCAUGGUUAUCUUUACUCGGUCUAUUUUCCGAAGAAAUCUUGCAUUGUAUAGCCUUUUUUUUCCGUUAUGUAACAAUCGUCCAAUUUUGCAUCAAUGCAUACAUGCGAUGUCAACAGAUUUUUGCUCCAAUCGAUCAGAUGCAUGCAAAUUAUUCUAUUCAUGGUUCCUUCA